AUGGCUUGUAUCUCCAUACCACUUCCCAUUUCCCUUUGUUCAUCAUCUUCCACGUUUCCACUUUCUCAAACACAAUGCCACCCGACCAAACAUAGAAAACCAAGACGCCACAAUGUUUGCAAGGUGUCAUGCCACAACAACACAACACCAUAUCAAGAAGGAAAACCAUCACACAAUAGAAGGGACAUUCUCAUUGGCUUUGGAGGAGUCUGUGGUGUUUCUACUCUUGGAAACAAUGACAACAAUCCUGUGGCUAUUGCUGCUCCAAUUUCCUCUCCUGACUUCAAAACUUGUGGUCCACCAGAGUUACCAGAGGAUGUAGAAACCAUCAAUUGUUGCCCUCCAGUAUCUUCUACCAUAGUAGAUUUCACGUUUCCACCUCGUAGUACACCCCUUAGGGUUAGACGAGCUGCUCAUUUAGUCGAUGAUAUCUACAUAGCUAAGUAUAAGGAAGCUCUUAGGCGCAUGAAAGCCCUUUCACCUAAAGACCCUCGUAAUUUCACCCAACAAGCUAAUAUCCAUUGUGCUUACUGCAAUGGUGCCUAUGACCAAGUUGGGUACCCUGACCUUGACCUCCAAGUCCACAACUCCUGGCUAUUCUUCCCUUACCACCGUUGGUACCUUUAUUUCUAUGAGAGAAUAUUGGGAAGCUUGAUUCGUGACCCAAAUUUUGCUCUCCCUUUUUGGAACUGGGACAACCCUGAAGGUGGCAUGACAAUCCCUUCCUUUUACACAGAUAAAAACUCUCCUUUUUAUGACCCUCUCAGGAAUGUUAGUCAUCAACCACCAACUCUUAUAGACCUAGACUAUAACAGAAAGGACGAUGAUGAUCCCAACGCGAGUGAAAAUGUAAACGACCAAAUCUCUAACAACCUUUCUGUAAUGUAUAGGAGCGUUGUCUCGGGUGGGAAACUCCCAAGGCUCUUCCUUGGAAACCCUUAUCGUGCUGGUGACGAUCCUGACCCUGGUGCUGGAACCCUCGAGCAUGUUCCUCAUAUUCCUGUGCAUUCUUGGACUGGUGAUAAGAGAGAGCCUCACCGUGAGAACAUGGGCAUCUUCUAUUCAGCUGCGAGAGACCCCAUUUUCUAUUCUCACCAUGCCAACGUGGAUAGAAUGUGGAGCAUAUGGAAAACAAUACCAGGUGGGAGGAGAAGGGAUUUCACUGACCCUGAUUGGUUAGAAUCUAGCUUUUUGUUCUACGAUGAGAACAAGAACCUUGUGCGUGUGAAGGUGAAAGAUUCCCUUGACACGAGAAAGUUGGGGUAUGUUUACCAAGAUGUUGACAUUCCAUGGCUCAAGAAUAAGCCUAAACCCAAAAGAUCUAAAAAGAAGGUGGAAUUGGCACAAAGUUUUGGAGUUGGUGCAGCACAGGCUGCUGAGACUACUUCAAGCAGUGUGACGUUUCCUCUGACUCUGGAUUCAAAGGUAAGCACAGUUGUUAAAAGGCCAAAGCUGUCGAGGAGCAAGGAGGAGAAGGAAGAAGAGGAAGAAGUGUUGGUGAUUGAUGGGAUAGAAUUUGAUAGGAAUAAAGCUGUGAAGUUUGAUGUAUUUAUCAACGAGGAAGAUGACAAGGAGAUUCGACCAAACAGUACUGAGUUUGCAGGAAGCUUUGUGAGUUUGCCUCAUACGCAUGUGCACAAAAAGAAGAAGGUGAAGACCUGUUUAAGACUGGGAUUAACGGAUUUGUUAGAAGACUUGGAAGCAGAAAAUGAUGAUAGUAUUGUGGUAACAUUGGUACCAAAAUAUGGGAAAGGACUUGUCACAGUUCAGGCCAUCAAGAUAGAGUUUGCAACGGAGUGA